AUGGCUCCUCGGCGUAAGACGGCAGGAGGCUCUGGAGCAACCCAAGCUUGUUCGUACAUCGUACUGACAUCUGAAGUGACUCGCUCUCACAAGUUCACUGAUCGCGACCACGCCGGCAUUGCUGAUGGCACUGCCGAGCGUGAGACGCGACUUCCCAAAUACUUCGCUAAGUCCGGCCAUGCCGACACGGACCCGACCAAGACAAAGAAGGGUGGCAGCGGCAAGGGCAAUUGGGGCGCCGCUGGUGACGAGGUCGAAGAUAUCAGACCCAAUAUGGCCUACGCCCGCCGUCGAAGCAAUUCGUCCACCCACAACAUGAAGGACUUCAAGACCAAGUUCGAGACCAUCGAGACCGAGCCCGUCUUCGAAGAAGAGAUUCACGGCCCUCUUGGUGAAGAGCUCGAGAAGCAGAGCACCACUUCGACGGAGAACAGCAUCGCUGAGGAGGAACACGACAAGAAGAUGUAA